UUCAUCUUAGUUUUGUGCAGAGUGGGUGGGUGAAGCAUGAAUCAAGCAGAAAGGUAGGAGAAUGAUGUCCAUUCGAAGAGGUGAUUUAGGCCUUGUCGUAUUCCAAUAUGGAUGAGAUCUUUUUGUGCCCGGAAUGCUGUAAUGCUUUACACAUGAGUGAAUGGCAGAGGUUGAAUAAUGGAGGUAUCUGAUAGAGAAUGUCCACUGUCUUGCAUGGAACUCAUACUGGAAGCCAUUCGAUGAAGCCUGUUCACCUUCUACCAAGGACAACAAACAAGGAGAAGCAUGAAGGUGGCUGCUGACUUGCCCCAUUUUCAUUUCCUCUAUGCCACAUCACUUACAUGGCAAAGGGGAGGUCUUAUGACAUGGCAUGCUUCAUAUUUGCCUAAACACGUGAGUUGAAGGUAGUGUCAAAGAUAAACUGUCCAUGUUUUCAGUAGUGCAUAUGCAUCUCCAAUUGGGUUUUUAUGAGGAGAUGGUGAUUGAGUGUAUGAAUCUUGCACUCCCUAUGGCUGUGUUUCUGAAGUAAGAAGUAGACCUUUCCUAUCAUGAUAGAUAAAACCUAAUUGUUCUUAGAUCAUUCAAAUCUAACAUAUGUUGACUUUAUUUGUAUCCCUCUUUGUAGCCCGAAACACAUAAUGAACAAUCUGUUUCUAAGAUAUCCAACUGCUCAACUCCUAAAUUGUUCUCGAGCAUAAAGAACAAGAGAGGAAAAAAGCUUGUGUUGGUUGUGUUGUCUGAGCUUCUACAAGUGAGAGUAUGGAUGAAGAUUCAGUGAUCCAGCCCUGAGAACUAACUUACAGCAUUAACUUCUGGUCAUGGAAGUUUCAGCUAUCAAUAUGAACUCAAAAAGGUUCUGCCAAAGCAAGUCGCUGCAGAUGAAAGUGAGCCAUGUCAACUCUUCCAUCACUACUUUCACUAAGUGGCAAACUGCAGGCUGUCAAGUAGGGCAGGGAAUCCAUUUAUGGAGGAUAGAAUUCAAUGGGAGUCACUUGAGCUUUGGUCACAGAUGGUGAUUGGCAAUAGCGCACAAUUCUUGACGCAGCCUGCACCAGCCAUCCCAUGAGCACAAAAUGAUAUAAUCAUUGAUGUCCGCCUAUAUAAAGUCACAGCCGCACUACUCCAUGCAGUGGCAUCGAGAGCUCAUUCAUGGCCUCUUCCAUGGAGGUGUGGCCGCGGCCACGGUGGUGGUCGCUCUGUCUUAUGACUGCUGUGGUGGUUUGCUUCGUUGCUAGCACGGUUUCGGCAGUGGAGGUCGAUCUUCCACUGUUUCGUUUUGGUGCUCCUCCCUACUCCGGGAGGCAUCACCUUCCUCCUCCACCAAGACAUCACUACAACUCUCCUCCGCAAAUAAGAUAUUAUCAUUACAAGUCUCCUCCACCGAGAAGAUACAAGCAUAAGUCACCGCCACCGCCAUCACCUCCUCAUCUUCCAUACCAUCGCAAGUCUCCUCCGCCAUCAUCACCUCCUCAUCACCCCUAUCACCACAAGCCUCAGCCGCCACCAUCACCAUUGCGAAAACCACCAUUCUACCAUUACAAGUCACCUCCUCCACCAACUCCAUCUCGUCAUCCUCACCGUAGGUCACCACCAACUCCAUCUCAACAUCCUCGUCAUAAAUUACCUCCUCCAUUGUCACACAAGUCGCCACCUUCAUCUCAACCUCCUCGUCACAAGCCACCACCUCCUCCUCCCAAGUCACUACCUCUUCCACCAUCAGUCAUUUACAAGUCACCACCUCCUCCUCGCAAGUCAUCACCUCCACCAUUGCUCAUUUACAAGUCACCACCUCCGCUAUCUCAAGCUCCUCCUCACAAGUCACCACCGCAUCCAUCUCAAGCUCCUCCUCGCAUGUCACCACCUCCUCCACCAUCACUCGUUUACAAGUCAUCACCUCCUCCGCCAUUACUCAUUUACAAGUCACCUCCUCCUCUAUCUCGACCUCAUUAUAAGUCACCACCUCCUCCAAUACCAACAAUUCCUCCCCCGUCACCUCCAUCCCCAUCUUCCUCCUCAUCUCCUCCCCAUGUUUCUAACUCACCACCACCACCUUUCCUCUCUCCU